UUCUUUACGGACCGUCUAACCUUACCAAGUCUGGAAUCGCGUCGUUUCGCCCGACAACAAAUAAGCGAUUCUGCUUGUGAGCGAUAUAUCCACGUGAUCGAUCAACUGAGCGCCCAACAAAGUGACCGCCAAGGAAGCCGGUCUCAGCAAUCACGUCAUCACGGUCCACCAUCGAAACUCCUCUCUUCCUCCGCCUCAGCCUCCUCCACCAGAAGUCAUCUUGAUCCCGGUCCCAGACCAUCCGGACUGGAACGCUGUCAAACCACCCUUGAGUCGAUGGAAGACAUGACCCCUGAACAGAAAAUCUCAACUAAAAGGGGCGAACAAGAGUAUGUACAGAAGAAGACAUUUACAAAUUGGAUGAAUACGUAUCUCAUUAAGGCUCAUCCACCCAUCAGAGUGGUAGAUCUGUUUGAGGAGAUUCGAGAUGGUGUAGUGCUUAUCCGAUUGUUGGAGGUUCUCUCUCGGGAAGCUCUGCCAGUCAACAUCACGACGGACAUGAAACCGGCUCACUGCUUAAGCAACGUGAAGACCGCACUUGACUUCUUAGGCUCUAGAAAAAUUAAGCUUGUAAAUAUCAACCCUGUGGAUAUUGUGGAAGGACGUCCAAAAAUUGUCCUCGGUUUGAUUUGGGUCAUUAUCCUCUACUUCCAGAUUGAAGAGCAGGAGGAGAUGUUGUUGGAGCUUUUGGGCAUUCCAAAGACCGAGAAUCGAAACAAAGUUACGGCAAAGCAGGCUCUUACAACAUGGGUACAGAAUGCUUUUAGCGAGAAAUUUAACAUCGACAUCAAAGAUUUUGGACCCAGUUGGCGAGAUGGUGUGGCGUUCAAUGCUAUUGUUCACAGCAUCGAUCCCAAACUAGUGGAUAUGCGAGAUGUUGAGAAGGGAAGCAAUCGAGAAAACCUCCACCGAGCGUUCACAGUAGCCGAGGAGAAGUUAGGCAUUCCAAAGAUUUUGGAUCCCGAAGGUUAG